AAAUAUGGAAUUUUUUAAAGAAUUCUUGCUGCUGUGAUCUUUUGAAAUGCUCCAUUGUCCAAAGAUAUAUUUAUACGCGAUGCAAAACAAGUCAUACGUAUUAUUUUGAUAGUUGAUUCUCAUCAGACGAAGCAAAAACGUUUAAGAAGUGGAACAAGCACUGAAAUUAUUAUUUUUUAGUUUUGAUCUUUCUUGCAUGCCACUCAAAUGGAUCAAGGCAAAUUCUUUCCAAAAGAAAGUGACAUUAAAGAUUCUUCCUUUUUGGAAAGUGAUGCCAAAAAUCCAAAUGGCCAAAGUGAUACUGAAAAGUCAGAAGAUAAUCUGGAGGAAAGACGACCUCGUAAAGAUAGUAACGAUGAUGAUGAAGAAUUGCUGUCUCAACCAUGGAAAUGUUAUGAUAAAUCAAGAAUGCACCAGCAAAAGUUCAGAAUGAUGGAGGAUUAUGGGCAAGAAAAUCCAAGAAAAGUUAAACUCGUAAAAGGUGUAAAGUUUAUUUGUUCUGAAGAGUUUUUGCUUGGUAAAGGAAGUGAUGGAACUCGUGUUUACCUUGGACUCGGAAAAGAUGGUUACGGAAAAGCAGUAAAACGAUUGCUUCGAGAUAACUGCGCGGAGUUAGCCAAACGAGAAAAAGACAUUUUGAAUGAGUUGAAUGCCAAGCGUUCAAAUUAUGUUGUGAAUUAUUGGUAUCUUGAAGAAGAACCAGGCACAGAUUAUUUGUAUUUGAUACUAGAUUUGUGUGAAGAAUCGUUAGAAAGUUUUGUGCAAUCUUCUACUUUGCAAGAUCUUCAAAAAGCACUUCCUACAAUUCUUACGCAGAUUUUAAAAGGUUUGGCUGAUCUUCACAGGGAUCCGUGUCCUAUUCUUCACAGGGAUUUAAGACCAUCAAACGUUCUUCGAGAUGUACAAGGAAAUUUUUUAAUCGCUGACUUUGGUAUAAGUCAUAUGUUAUUAUCUGAUGAAACUUCGACACAUUGGAGCAUACAAAGAGGAGCUAAAAAUUGGAUAGCUCCAGAGUCAUAUAACGCAUCAGAUGAUACAAUUAAUAAAGUUCGUUACAAAAAAGAGUCUGACAUUAUGAAUGCCGGAAUGGUGGCUUAUUAUGUUGCAACAAAGGGGAAACAUCCCUUUGGAGCUGAACGGUUUUUACUGGACAACUUAUUAAAGGGAAACCCAGUUGGCUUGGACAAAAUCAAGGAUGCCACGCUCAAAGACCUUUUAUCGUGGAUGCUACAGCUAGACCCGGAAGACAGACCAUCGGCCAAAAAGUUGUUAAAACACCCUUAUCUACAAACCGAUGAGGAGAAUUUCGAUUUUCUGUGUGAUGUUGGGAAUGAACCAGAAAUAAAGAAAUCAUCUCCACAUUCUCUUCCCUCAAAUCUUCGUGAGAAGUUGAAUCUUUCAAUAGAUUGGAUGGACCGUAUCAAUCCUGAAUUUUUUAAUCAUUUCAAUAAAGUAUCCGACUCUACAUGGUUAGGUUGCCUAAGCUUUUUACGAAACGUUCGCCAGCAUUGGCAUGAUGAAUCUCGUCCACAACUGUCAUCAUGUGUUAAAGAUGGAAACUAUCAAGAGUAUUUUCUUCGACGUUUUAAGGAACUGCCUCUUCUAGUUCACAGAACCAUAAGAUUGAGUGAAUGGAAGACAAGACCUGUUCUGAAGAAACGUUUUCCAAAUUUCGAUGGAGCCCCCGCAAUUAUUGUCAUGGGAGGAGUCUAUAGCAACCUUAUUAGAGAACAUAUCACUAAUGAAUACUAUGAAAAACUGAAAGAAUCAGCCCGAGAGGGAUAUGCAGUCUUAACGAAUGGUGGCACUGCUGUUGAUGCUGUUGAAAAGGCAGUUAGUAUUUUAGAGAGCAGUGACUUAUUCAUGAUAGCUCGUGGAUCUCCAUUGAACUGUGAAGGAGAAGUUGAAUGUGAUGCAAUGAUUAUGGAUGGAGACACUUUACAAACAGGUUCUGUAUAUUGUGGUCGAAAUUUCAAAAAUCCAGUUUGUCUUGCUCGAAAAAUAAUGGAAAAAACACCAGAAUGUGCUCUUUAUGGUGAUGGUGCUCUGAAAUUUGCUCAGGAUAAUGGAUUGGAUUGGUGCAAACCGAAUGAAUUGUUAAAGAGACAGAGAUGUCUUCCACAUGAAUAUUACAAUGAUUAUACGAGAUAUUUUAUGGAGGGAGGACCUUUUCCUGCUGAUGCGCCUAAAAUUAUACUUGAAGAAAUUGACGCUUGCAAUACUGUAGGUGCUGUUGUCAUUGAUAGAUAUGGCAAAUUGGCAUGUGCAACGUCAACAGGAGAUAUUGCCGGCAAACUUAAAGGUUGUGUUAGUGACACUGCAUUAGUUGGUUGUGGUGGAUAUGCAAAUGAUUAUGGAGCAGCUGCAGCAACUGGUCAUGUAGAGAAAUUGAUAAAAUUGAAUUUUACAAGAAAAGUUGUAAUUGACAUGGAAUCAGGAAGUGCCCAAGAAGCUGUACAGGAUGCUGUGAAUUUAGUUAAAGAAAGACUUUCAGGACGCGCAGGAGGAAUUGCCAUUGACAGACAUGGAAAUAUUGGAAAGGCAUUUAAUAAUGACCUCAUGCCUUGGGUUAGCAUCAAAAAUGAUGAAAUGAAAUUUGGGUUGAAAAGGGAUUAUGAAGGAAACUACCCUUUUGUAUUGAUUGAAAACAAUGGCGUUGUACAGUUUAUGAUUUAUACAUGAAUUAAUAUUCAUUCACAAUCAUGCACUGUUGAACUUUUGCAUUUGAAACUAAAUAUUCACAAUUCACACAAACAAAUAAACAAUAAAACAAUCAUAAUCAUUUAUACACGUACAUAAUUAUCGUGCGUAAGUACAGUACUCUGCUGCAUCGGUUAGUCAUAUCAUAUUUUCCUUCAUUGUUGAACUAUAAUAUUUGAAACAAUGCAUUCUUAUUUAUUCACAUGAUACAAGAAAAUCACUGUUGAUUAAAUUUCUUCACUUCAAAUAUUGUCUGAACAGGAAA